UUUAAUGUUUCAAAUAACAAAAACGCGUUAGUAGUUUUAAAUGAAUGUCAAAUAUUCGAUUUAAUUUGAAGUAGCUUAUGAAGUUUUAUGAUAUGAGUACCACUGUAAAUUAUUCUAUAGUUUUUAUUAAAAUGCUAACUUGUAUUUUUAUUUUCAAAUGUGUUUUCGUAACUUUAAACGCUAUCCCAGAAAUACAAGAACCUAAUUGUGAUACUACAUUCCUCAAAACAUACCUGAAAUUAUUGAGCAAAAUUAAUCUUAAAUUAAAAGAAUUUUUGUUUUACAAGUAUGAUGAUUUUUUGGUUUUUGUUAUUUAUUCAAAUGAUAUGAAAUAUCUUGAAAUGCCAUAUCAGGAAGAUAUAACAUUCAUAAAAAAUAAGGAAUUAAGUUUAAGGAACUUAAAAAGAACACUAGAAUCUUUAGAAUGUCUAUAUGGAUUUUUAACUCUUCAUAUUUUUGAAAUCAUCAGAAAAGAAAUAACGGAUAUGGUUAGGGACCCUAAUAACAGAGAAGAAACCUCCAAUGACAAAUUAACAUUUAAUAUUAGUAUUUUAAAAGAAUUUGUAAUUAGAAUGAUGUCAAUUUUUAUUAAUGGAUACUUUAAUAUUAAUUCAUGGCAAUAUGAAUUUUCAUUAAAAAUUAUUAAAAUGGAACCAUUAGAAUCACAAGAACUAAUUGCAACUGAAGAAGCUUUAAAAUUAUUGGACGACAAAAUACUAUAUUCAUCAAUUUAUAAGUUUUGCUAUGAAUGUCAAAAAAAAAAUUACUUACCAGCAUCCCUAAAAUUCUUUGAACCGGAUAUAAUUCAAACUGCUCUUAAACCUUUACCUUUUUAUAAUUAUCUCAGUACAAUAAAAUCUUGCUAUUCAAAUUUUUUUGAAAUUAUAAAAAAAAAUAAAUUUUUAGACUACAAACGAAAAAAUGCUUAUUUGUUGAUUACAGAUUAUGAGAAGAAGGAAAGUAUACCUGAUGUGGAAUUUGAAAUGAAAAAACAAAAAUUAAUUGAAUCUUUAAAAUUAAGUGAAUCAGAAAUUUAUUCAUUAGAAAGAAAUACAAUUGAUCAUAGCAAAAGUGAAAUGUGGAGGAAAAAUUGGGGUUUAAGGUUGGCUUCAAGACAUUUUGGUCGUGUCUGUACUUUACAACCAACAACUUCUAGAGAUUCUACUUUAAAAAGAAUAUUGUAUUCAUAUUCAACAUUUUUGAUGCCAAAUAUAUCGUCUUAUAAUCCAAAUCCUGGCAAAUUGUAUGGCAUAAAAAAUGAAAAAUUAGCUUUAAAAGACUUUGAAAAAAAAACUGGGAAAAAAGUAAAGCUAAGUGGGAUAUUUGUCGACGAAAAAACUUGCUUUUUUAUAGCAAGUCCAGAUGGAAUAAUUGAUGAUGAUGGCAUUAUAGAAAUUAAAUGUCCGUAUGGAGCUCAAAAUAUGACUAUUCAAGAAGCAUUUAAUCAUGGUAAACUAAAAUUUAUGUCAUGGAUCAAAAACAAAGAUAACUUCCAUUUAAAACGUGAUUCAAGCAUUUACUAUCAAAUUCAAGGACAGCUUCAUAUAACAAAAAAACAGAAAUGUUAUUUUGUUAUUUGGACUGAAAAAGGAAUGCACAUUGAAAUAAUUACUAAAAAAGAUACAUUUUGGGAACAUAAAAUGGAGAAAUAUUUGAUUGAUUUCUACAUGAAUUACAUGGUUCCAAAAAUUAUUGAACUUCAAACACAAUUUGAAUUAUCCAGUGAAUCUAAAUAAUUAUAAAUUUGAAAUUACAUUUGUAACAAUGUAAAUAUAUACAUGUGUUCAUCAAUGAUU